GGAGGAGGAGGAGGUGGUGGUGGUGGAGGGAGGGGGGGGGGCAGAGCUCGCCGCCUCCCCUCCCGCGGCUCGGGCCCCCCCGGAGGCACGGCGAGGAGGAGCUACGGAGCCCGCAGCCGGCAGGGCAGGGCGAGGGGGGCCCGGCCCCGGCUCCCCCAGCCAUGCAGCCCCGGAGCUGAAGCCCCCCGGCCCCUGCGCGAUGGGCUCCCCCCUUUAGGUUUCCUCCCCAUCCCCGGCUUUCCCCGGCUCCCCCCCCCCCCAACCCCCCCCCACCCUCCCCCGGGGGGGGGUCGCGGCCGGAGGAUGGACGAGGCUGGAGAGCGAGCGGCCACCGAGGAACCGGAGCCGGGCAAAAGCAAGACUUUCAUCCGUCUCAACGACCUGUCCGGGGCCGGGGGGCGGCAGGGGCAGGGGGCUGGGGUCGGGGAAGGGGCCGGGGGGGGCGGCAGCGGCGGCGGCGGCUCGGAGGCGGAGGCGCUGCCCUACCCGGCUCUGGCCCCCGUCGUCUUCUUCUACCUGAGCCAGGAGAGCCGGCCCCGGAGCUGGUGCCUCCGCCUGGUCUGUAACCCCUGGUUCGAGCGGGUGAGCAUGCUGGUGAUCCUGCUCAACUGCGUGACGCUGGGCAUGUUCCACCCCUGCGAGGACAUCGCCUGCGACUCACCGCGCUGCCGCAUCCUGCAGAGCUUCGACGAUUUCAUCUUUGCCUUUUUUGCCGUGGAAAUGAUAGUCAAGAUGAUCGCGCUGGGGAUUUUCGGGAAGAAAUGCUACCUGGGAGACACCUGGAACCGCCUGGACUUCUUCAUCGUCAUCGCGGGGAUGCUGGAGUACUCGCUGGACCUGCAGAACGUCAGCUUCUCGGCCGUGCGCACCGUGCGCGUCCUGCGGCCUCUCAGGGCCAUUAACAGAGUCCCCAGUAUGCGCAUCCUGGUGACGCUGCUCCUGGACACGCUGCCCAUGCUGGGGAACGUCCUCCUCCUCUGCUUCUUCGUCUUCUUCAUCUUCGGCAUCGUGGGAGUCCAGCUGUGGGCGGGUUUGCUCAGGAAUCGCUGCUUCCUCCCCGAGAACUUCAGCAUCCCCUACGCAGUGGAUUUGGAGCGGUACUACCAGACCGAGAACGAGGACGAGAACCCCUUCAUCUGCUCCCAGCCCCGCGAGAACGGGAUGCGCUACUGCCGCAGCAUCCCCACGCGCAGGGAGGAGGGCCUCGAGUGCACCCUGGACUACUACUCCUACAACGACACCACCAACACCUCCUGUGUCAACUGGAACCAGUAUUACACCAACUGCUCAGCUGGGGAGCACAACCCCUUCAAGGGCGCCAUCAACUUCGACAACAUUGGCUACGCCUGGAUCGCGAUCUUCCAGGUCAUCACGCUGGAAGGCUGGGUGGACAUCAUGUACUUCGUCAUGGACGCGCACUCCUUCUACAACUUCAUCUACUUCAUCCUCCUCAUCAUCGUGGGCUCCUUCUUCAUGAUCAACCUCUGCCUCGUGGUGAUCGCGACGCAGUUCUCGGAGACGAAGCAGCGCGAGAGCCAGCUGAUGAAGGAGCAGCGGGUGCGCUACCUGUCCAACGCCAGCACCCUGGCCAGCUUUUCGGAGCCGGGCAGCUGCUACGACGAGCUCCUCAAGUACCUGGUUUACAUCGCCCGGAAAGGCAGCAAGCAGCUCGUGGAGCUCUACCGGGUGGCAGGCGUGAGGAUGGGUUUCCUCGCCAGCCCCACCGGCAAGGCGGGGACCGAGCGGCACGCCGGCAAGCGCCGGGCUAGGAAGAGGUCCUCGGUGCACCACCUCAUCCACCACCACCACCACCACCACCACCACUACCACCUGGGCAACGGCAACCUGCGGGCGCCCCGUGCCAGCCCGGAGAUCAGCGACGUGGACACCGGCUCCCUCCACAACGGCACCAACCGGCUGAUGCUGCCCCCGUCGGCACCGAACCCCGGCGCCGCUCCCGGCCCCACCGAGUCCGUGCACAGCAUCUACCACGCCGACUGCCACGUGGAGCCGCUGCGCUGCCGGCCGGCCCUGCCGCAGACAGCUCUCGGCUUGCCGAGCCCAGAAGGUGUCCCCAAGGGCAUGGGGGGCGGCAAGGUGUACCCCACCGUGCACCCCAGCACCUCCCACGAGGUGCUGAAGGAGAAGAGCCUGGGGGAGGCGGCGGUGGGGGCCGGCAGCAGCACGCUGACCAGCCUGAACAUCCCGCCGGGGCCGUACAGCACCAUGCACAAGCUGCUGGAGACGCAGAGCACGGGGUUCUUUUCGGUCCACGUUACGGAUAAAGGUGAUGGAUUUGCAGCUCCCUGCCCGAGCUCCUGCAAGAUCUCCAGCCCCUGCACCAAGCUGGACGGAGGCUCCUGCAGCCCCGAGGGCUGCCCCUACUGCCUGAAGGCGCUGGCAAGCGAGGCCGAGCAGACGGACAACGAGACGGCGGACUCGGACAGCGAGGAGGGGGUCUACGAGUUCACGCAGGACGCCCACUACAGCGACCAGCGGGACCCCCAGCGCGGCAGGGCCCGGGCCAGGAGCGCCGGCAGGGUGCUGGCCUUCUGGCGCGUGGUGUGCGAGACCUUCCGCAAGAUCGUGGACAGCAAAUAUUUUGGCCGUGGGAUCAUGGUGGCCAUCCUCAUCAACACGCUCAGCAUGGGCAUCGAGUACCACGAGCAGCCCGAGGAGCUUACCAAUGCCCUGGAGAUCAGCAACAUCGUCUUCACGAGCCUCUUUGCCCUGGAGAUGCUGCUGAAAGUCCUCGUUUACGGUCCCUUCGGCUACAUUAAGAAUCCAUACAACAUCUUUGAUGGGAUCAUCGUGGUGAUUAGUGUGUGGGAGAUCGUGGGCCAGCAGGGGGGGGGCCUCUCUGUCCUGCGGACCUUUCGGCUGAUGCGGGUGCUGAAGCUGGUCCGCUUCAUGCCGGCCCUCCAGCGCCAGCUCGUCGUCCUCAUGAAGACCAUGGACAACGUGGCCACCUUCUGCAUGUUGCUGAUGCUCUUCAUCUUCAUCUUUAGCAUCCUGGGGAUGCACCUCUUCGGCUGCAAGUUCGCCUCCGAGCGAGACGGCGACACGCUGCCCGACAGGAAGAACUUCGACUCCCUGCUCUGGGCCAUCGUCACCGUUUUCCAGAUUUUGACCCAGGAAGACUGGAACAAGGUCCUCUACAACGGCAUGGCAUCUACCUCCUCCUGGGCUGCUCUCUACUUCAUUGCUCUCAUGACGUUUGGGAAUUAUGUUCUCUUUAACCUGCUGGUGGCCAUCCUGGUGGAGGGUUUCCAGACGGAGGAGAUCUCCAAGCGAGAAGACGCGAGCGGGCAGCUGAGCUGUAUUCAGCUGCCUGUCGACCCGGCGGCGGGCGACGCUUCCAAGUCCGACUCGGAGGGCGAUCUCUUCCCCCGCAGCCUGGAAGAGGAGGCCGGGCUGAAGAAAAACUUGUCGAACCCAGCCUUGAUGGCCCUGAGCGACCACCCGGAGCUGAAGAAGAGCCUCACCCCACCGCUCAUCAUCCACACGGCCGCCACGCCGAUGCCCAUGCCCAAGAGCGCCGUGUUUGGCGAGGCCGCGCAGGGCCAUGAGUCGCGCCGGGCCAGCGGCGUCUCCGUGGACCCUGCUGCCUACGAGCUCAAGUCCCCACCCAGCGCCCGCAGCUCCCCGCACAGCCCCUGGAGUGCUGGCAGCAGCUGGACCAGCCGCCGCUCCAGCUGGAACAGCAUCGGCCGGGCGCCCAGCCUCAAACGGCGGGGCCAGAGCGGAGAGCGCAGGUCCCUGCUCUCCGGGGAGGGGAAGGAGAGCUCGGAGGAUGGGGAGAGCUCGGACGAGGAGCGCUCCAGCCGGGCCGGCAGCUUCAACGGCUCCUUACCUCAUCGCAUGGAGUCGCUGGAAACAAAAGGCUCCUUCGACCUCCAGGACACCCUGCAGGUGCCUUCCCUGUACCGGACCAGCAGCAUGCACAGCAGUCGCACCUCCGCCUCCGAGCACCAGGACUGCAAUGGGAAAACCUCUCCAGGCCUGCUGGUUCACCAGCUCCACCUGGACGACCCCCGGCAGGACUGCGAUGAUGGUGAUGAUGAAGGCAACAUGAGCAAAAGGGACCGUGUGAAGGCUUGGAUCCGGGCACGUCUUCCUGCCUGCUGCAGAGAGAGAGACUCCUGGUCCAUCUACAUCUUUGCUCCUCACUCAAGAUUCCGUCUGAUGUGCAAUAAAAUCAUCACGCACAAGAUGUUUGAUCAUAUCGUCCUGGUGAUCAUCUUCCUCAACUGCAUUACCAUUGCCAUGGAACGACCCAAAAUCGAGCCUCACAGCGCUGAACGGAUUUUCCUAACGCUCUCUAACUACAUCUUCACGGUUAUCUUCCUGACUGAGAUGACAGUUAAGGUGGUGGCACUAGGCUUGUGUUUUGGGGAGAAAGCCUACUUGAAAAGCAGCUGGAACGUGCUGGAUGGGGUGCUGGUUCUCAUCUCGGUCAUCGACAUCCUGGUCUCGAUGGUGUCCGACAGCGGCACGAAGAUCCUGGGGAUGCUGAGGGUUCUGAGACUGCUGAGGACGUUGCGGCCCUUAAGAGUCAUUAGUCGAGCCCAAGGACUGAAGCUGGUGGUGGAGACUCUCAUGUCAUCCCUAAAGCCCAUUGGGAACAUCGUGGUCAUCUGCUGCGCCUUUUUCAUUAUCUUUGGGAUCCUGGGAGUUCAGCUUUUCAAAGGCAAGUUUUUUGUCUGCCAGGGGGAGGACACCAGAAACAUCACAAAUAAAUCGGAUUGUGCAGAAGCAAGCUACAAAUGGGUCCGGCACAAGUAUAAUUUUGAUAAUCUCGGCCAGGCCCUGAUGUCUCUCUUUGUUCUGGCCUCCAAGGACGGGUGGGUGGAUAUCAUGUACGAUGGCCUGGACGCUGUGGGAGUUGACCAGCAGCCAGUCAUGAACUACAACCCGUGGAUGCUCCUCUACUUCAUCUCCUUCUUGCUGAUCGUGGCCUUCUUCGUCCUCAACAUGUUCGUGGGGGUCGUGGUGGAGAAUUUCCACAAGUGUCGGCAGCACCAGGAGGAAGAAGAAGCCAAGAGGCGGGAGGAGAAGAGGCUUCGCCGGCUGGAGAAAAAGAGAAGGAGUAAGGAGAAACAGAUGGCUGAUCUAAUGCUGGAUGAUGUAUUAAUGGAGAGCACAGCCAGUGCAGUGCAAGAAGCACAGUGCAAGCCCUACUAUUCAGAUUACUCCCGCUUCCGCCUCCUGAUCCACCAGAUGUGCACCAGCCAUUAUCUGGAUCUGUUCAUCACAGGCGUCAUCGGCCUCAACGUGAUCACCAUGGCCAUGGAGCACUACCAGCAGCCAAAGGUUCUCGAUGAAGCCCUGAAGAUUUGCAAUUACAUCUUCACCGUUAUCUUUGUCCUGGAGUCUGUUUUCAAGCUUAUCGCCUUUGGGUUUCGUCGCUUCUUCCAAGACAGAUGGAACCAAUUAGAUCUGGCAAUUGUGCUGCUGUCUAUCAUGGGUAUCACUUUGGAAGAGAUUGAGGUGAAUGCUUCGCUACCAAUUAACCCCACUAUUAUCCGAAUCAUGAGGGUUCUCAGGAUUGCUCGAGUGUUGAAGUUGCUGAAGAUGGCUGUAGGGAUGAGAGCCCUGCUGGACACCGUGAUGCAAGCGCUGCCUCAGGUGGGGAAUCUGGGUCUUCUCUUCAUGUUGUUGUUUUUCAUAUUUGCAGCUCUUGGAGUGGAGCUCUUUGGAGACCUCGAGUGUGAUGACACGCACCCCUGCGAGGGGCUGGGGAGGCAUGCCACCUUCCGAAACUUCGGGAUGGCCUUUCUCACUCUCUUCCGGGUAUCCACGGGGGACAACUGGAAUGGGAUAAUGAAGGACACCCUGCGAGACUGUGACCAGGAGUCCACCUGCUACAACACCGUCAUUUCGCCCAUCUACUUCGUCUCCUUCGUGUUGACAGCCCAGUUCGUCCUGGUGAACGUGGUGAUCGCCGUGCUCAUGAAGCACUUGGAGGAGAGCAACAAGGAGGCUAAAGAGGAGGCAGAGCUCGAGGCAGAACUGGAGAUGGAGAUGAAGACAAUCAGCCCUGGCCAUCGCAGCCCCUCGGACAUCUUUGCUUGGACAGGCAGUGUCGGUGGCGAGAGACCCGAGAGCCCCCGAGGAUGUACCAAUCCCAUGCAAAUCAAGGUGGAUUCUCAGCUCUCAUUAGUUUACCCUAUGGCUGAUCUCCGCUCCAAGGACGACACGUUGACGCUGUCCCCAGACAAGGACUUGCUGAGCGUGAGGAAGCCGUCGGUGGGGCGCACCCGCUCCCUGCCCAACGACAGCUACAUGUUCCAGCCGCCGCGCUGCCGGCCCUGCGCCGCUGGCCUGGCCGAGAGGACUCCGACCCACCACAAGGCCCAGUCAGGUUCAAAGGCAUCAGUGCAGUCGCAGCCAGCAGACACCAGCUCUCUCCUGCAAAUUCCAAAAGACCAUUUUCACCACAUAAGAGCUCACGACCACUUGGUCUGGGAGAGCAAAUCCCAGGUUUCCCAGCCGGUGCACUCUCCUUCUGCUGAGAGGCUACUCCGUAGACAGAUGGCUAUAAGGAAUGACUCUUUGGAUAGCAAGGAGAACCUCCACACCGAGGUGAGUGAACUCUCUGACCCAAAUGUCCCCGCUGCGCCCCGGGAGGACUCAUCAGGUGCCCUGAUGCCCUCAGAAGCGAAAGAGUUGGCCGCAUGGAGCCGGGCAAGCGUUCAUACGCAGCAGCAUUCCCACAACCAGUAUAACAUUUCAAAGCAGGCACCAGCGUCGUGUGCUUGUGCAGACUCGUAUCAGGAGACACCUGGAGAUUCAGUGGACCAAGAAGUAUCUGAAACAAACAGCUCCUCGGAGCCUUUCACUUCAGAAACUUGCACAGCCUCGAGUGCCUGUUCAGAGGCUCAGCCUCUCACUCCUAAGAGGAACGUGGGCAAUACCGGCAGCGUUACACUGAAGGACCUGAAGAAAUACCACAGUGUAGACACCCAGGGUCUUCUAAAAAAACCGCCCUCUUGGUUAGAUGAUCAAAGGAGACAUUCAAUAGAGAUUUGUUCCAUGGAAAACAGCCCUCAGCACCAUUCCACAUCUAGCUCUUCUGGCUUCAUAAGUCAGGUGGUAAGUGAAAUGGAAGGCUUGCAAGGAACACGGCAGAAGAAAAAACUGAGCCCUCCGUGUAUAUCUAUAGAUCCACCCGACGGACAGAGUUUGCUACCUAGAGGACCUCACAGCAUCUCACCUGCCAGUGGAGAUACUUGCUUGAGACGGCGUGCUCCAUCAUGUGAUUCCAAGGAUUCGAUGGAUAUAGGGGAUUCGUUGCUUCCAGACAGUAUGUCAACAUCUCCUACCCCAAAGAAAGACUUGUUGACACUUCCUAGCUUUUCCUUUGAUCAAACGGAAAUGGACCCCUGAGUUACUUUUCUGUUGGUGCCAAAUGUUUUCUUCCUUUCAUGUAAUAGGAAAAAAAAAAUCAAAAACUCUGUAUUCCAAAAUGGCACUGGGUAAAAAAUUUCCAAAGAAAGAUUAAAGAACCAGCUGGUUAAAAGAGUGGUUAACCUAUAUCACGCUUACUUAAGCAUAUGUUCUGCUUAGGUAAAAGCAAUACAAUGUGCAGAAUCUAUAUGUAUAUUAUAUUUUAUUAAAUUAAUUGAAUCUAGUAUUGCGGGAUGUAGUACAUUUUGUGACUAAAGACUCGUUUAAUUUUUCUCUAUUUUAUGUAUCUCAGAAUAUUUCUGAGAUAAAGUUGGUUUUUAUGAAUAUUUUAACCUAAAAAUAUAUAUUUAAUCCCUUCUCUUUUUUGUUUUGUUUUGUUUGGGUUUCAUUUUGUUUUGCAAAGCACAAAAUGUAGCCAAUUAGUGCAUUACAGAGGAAAUGUAUCCCACAGUCAGCAGUAAAUAAGAAUUAUUUAAUGUAAUUUAUUUUUCCCCUUGGACUGAAGUCAUUUUCUGAAGGAAAAAAAAAAAAAAAGAAAAAAAAAAGAAAAAAGAAAAGCUUGCUUGGAUAGUAUAAAAAUGCAGUGGCAUUUUUUUUUAAACCAAAUAAUAUUCGAAUCUUGUGUAAAAUUGACAUCUAGAGAAAAAAACAGGUGCACGAAACCCGGAAUGUACAACACGCUGAUAUACACCUGGAGGUUGUGAAUGUAGAGCCAAUCCAACUGUACGCUGGCACUACACAAUAUUGACUUAUAACAGGAUUAUUAUAGAUCAUCCACUGGUGGCUCGCAAAAUCAAGUCAAUGGAUAAUUUUCAUAUGUGCCUAGGAAACCGAGGCAACAAAAGCCUGUGGUCACUUCUGAAGUGUUUUCCAGCAUCUUGGAGACAGGCUGCUGCUUUUGCUGAGUUCCACACCUGCGGAAGCCUGCUGUUCCCAGGGGAGCCCCCUUUUUGCAGCAGGACACAGGUGAGAACAAGGCCAGCUUUAGGGUUUGAGCUGGGUGGCUUCAGUCCCCCAGGACAGCAGUGCGCUUGAGCACCUGUCUCAAGUUCUUGCUUAAACUGUGUUGAAGUUGAUCAUCUUAUGUUUAUGUGUUGAGCAGAAUCGAGGCCUAUUACAGUUUGAAAGUUAUUUUACAGAGCGCAUGGAAGGAAGUUUGUGAGUACUGAAAUGGUUGUUGAGGGUUUUUUGCUACCACUGCUGGAGUUAACUGACACAACCCUGCUGAAAUUUUAUUUAGCAAAUCUAGCAAAAGCCUUAAGCAGCAACUUCAUGAUACAAAGUCAACAAAAAUGGAAUCUGUGUCCUUACUUUGUUAACAUGUCCUUAGCAUCAGUCAUCUAGGAAAUGAACUGUUUGCUUCUGCGCUAAUGCCCUCUGCAAAAAGCAAUCACAGAAGCAGACAGCACAGCCUGAAAUCACUGGGGGCUGGCCCCAUUCAACUCAUCCUGCUCUUCACAAGACUGAUAGAAAGCAGACAUUAACUUCACUGAACCUCCCUGAAAUCAAAUUAAGAUGUAGGCUAAAUAAGACUUUGAAGGCAUGGUUUUAAGUAUGGGAACAGUCACAGGUUUAAAAUGGCAUGCGUGGAUAAGUCUUUGCUGGAUCGCGUCCCUAAACCAGCACAAGCACGAGAAGGAUUUGUGCUAAUUCUACCAGUCAGGAGUUUGUAACUUUUUGAGCACUACUGAUCUUUUCAAAUCACUUAAAGAUGUUGAUACACAGCCUUUUAUCCGUUCGGAGAUUAGACCAUUACGACUACAUGUGUCUGCAUUAGCUUCAAGUAUGUACACCAGGAAAAGAUGCUGUUUAUACGUAACAGCCUGUGUCAGGUCUUAAGCUCCUUUAUUUUCACUCGAAGAAGUUUCCUCCAUAAACAAUCCCUUUUGAUUUACAUGUCCUGUGAAAAUGGAAGGGACUUCAGCAGGAAGUCAGGCACUCGGUGUAUUUGAAGGACGAAGAUUAACACUCUGAACUAUUUACUGCAGACAGAUUAAUUCUUGGCUGGGACAUUUUUCCCCUCUUCACCAUGGGCCCACACAGAGAAGACUCUCUUUGAUAUGCCUGGCCAAAUCCAGAGCUAAGCCCGUUUAAAGCAAUGAUUUCAAACAAACCUUUCAUCAGUUCUUCCCCCAGAUUAUAUUUAAGGAAAUAAUAAAAUUACAGUGUAUUAAGCCUGAGAAAUAUUCGUAAUCCCUUUUUGGUUUUACACUCAUAAUGAGCCUUAGCUUUGCCUUUCACGUUUACUAAAUAAUUUGGGAAAAUAGCUAGGCCACUGAAAUUGCUGACCCUGAUUCCUUAAUGAUCAGGUGUGUGUUUAUAUCUCUGGAAUGAAACAGUCCCUUCCUGAUAAAAAAGCAUGCAGCAUUUUAGCUUGUAAUCGUGGCACAAAACGGUGAUGUGAUGUUAAUCCAAAUGCUCAACUCCAAAUGUAACAAAGUCUAAAGGCUGUUCUAUUUUCAAGACUUGGGGUUUCGCCCACUGACAAGGUUUGUGUAAGCAACAAAAAGUUUACAUCAUACAUGAAUAUUCAAUAAGGACUAGCCAAUAAAAAAUCCUGUACGGCGAUGCAGUCAGGAAAAUAAAUCCAUGUAAAAUAGUUUGUUUUCUAAACCAGAUAAGUUUUUUCUAGACGCCCUUUUGAAAAACAAAUACAAAUGUACUGCAGUGCGUGCAAUAAUCUUCAGAUAAUUUUAAAUACCUUUGGGGGGGUUUUAUAGAAUUUGACUUUUUUUAAUCAAAAUGUAAAAAAUCCACAGGAAUUCUGUAGAAUGGUUAUGUUGAUAGAAUUUUUUAUAUUUUUGUAGAAAUCUAUAGAGAAAUUGUUAAAAGUCUGCAUAGCAUCUUGGGAACAGAAGCAGCUCUACCUACAAUUUUCUUUUCAUAAACCUGGAGCCAGACCUACUGUAUUACAACAUUUAUAGCUUAGUUUCAGAGCCUGCAUCCAGGUUGUGUUUAGAAGUAAGCAGCUAAACUAAGGUUCUAUGAUAUUGCAGUGCUAUUACUGUUCAAGGACUGUACUGAUAUAAAACAUCUACCCCCAGAACUCAGCCCAUAUUGGUGGCAAAGUAGUCGCAUUGCUAUCCAGCUCAUUCAAGCACACCAGCACUUUAAUACUGUGGAUUUACUGUAUACAGGCAGGAGGAGGAUGUUCUGCCAUUGCCAGGCUGACACAGGAGGAAGGAGAGAGAUUGCAGACGUGUCUGGAAAAAUGUAAAUUCCAUUCUUACAGCCCCUUGCACAUAGGACUGACUUUUCAUAGCUCGGUUACAGGCCGUUUAUACUGUAGAUAUUUUGGAGGAGGGCAAAGAAAACACUGUUUUUGACUUCUGUGGAUUGCACUCAGCACAAGGUGUGUUCAAGGAAAUAAAAAAAUUAAAAAAAGAUUAAAAAAAGAAAACAAAAGUGUUACCAUUGUAAAUUAGGCUAUGCCCCAGUCUCCCCUUUUCUGCCCCUUUGGCUAUAAUAACCCAUGUACACUAUUACACAAGGUGACUAGAGUAGGCACAGUACCAUUGCAAUGUCCGUAACAACCUAGUAUAUAUUAUAGAACUUUGUAUUUAAUAGUUAAUAUAUUGUUAUACUGUAUCAGGUAUAUAGGCCAAAACAAGGUCUUCUGGUCAGGGCAACAAAAGGUGGUAUUCAUGGGCAAAAUUGGGUUAAAAUGUUCCUUUUUACAAAAAGCAAAAAGACAAAAAACGAGUGUAAAUCUUUACAAAUGACAAAAACAAAUGUGUCCUAUUAAAAGCUUUUGAAAAGAA